UGGAACGUGAAAAGACGCCGAGGAAAGAUACGACAAAAGGCGCAGGAAGUCAUGACCCCAAGAGGUAUGCAACCAAUUUGACCAACUUGCUUGAAAAAGGCCUCGGGCAGUUUCCGUAGCCAUUUUGGAUCAAGCUUCUGCGGCUCAGAAACUUUAACCGGAUCUCGUCUCAAACAUAAUUCUUCCGCGGUCAGCUAACGCCGCUUAGCAAGGGACAUGUCUGACAUUUUCUUUUGCCACACGAAAAGUCGUACAGGUAUGAGGUAUAUUCGUUCGUGUAACAGGUGCACCAGUUGUUCACAUAUUUGCUACAAGGUGUUGUUUGAUAUAUGCAGCUUUCUGGGCGAGAACGUUGCCAAGUGUGUGAGGGCCGUGUGCACCUCGAAGGUGCUGCUUGCGCUCUGCGAUGACGAGUUUCCGAACAAGCGGUGCUGCAAACAUAUAUCCAGUUCGAAGAACAAGUUCACUUGGGAUGAGGUCUGAAAGCCUGCGUGGACGGCGAACACAAGGAUGGAAACGACGUGUUCUGGGCAUGCAAGCACUCUAAGGUUGAAGAUUUCUUUCCCGAGGCAAAGAGGCGUUCGCAAGCGGCGUUUUGAAGGUGGUGGCAAUCGAUUCCGACCGGUCCCAAGGCUAUUGCGAGGCUGCGAAGGGAACGCUGGUCGAGGUUGUCGACAAGAUAUUGGAUGGCGGCGACCACGGCAAGACAGCGGUCAAGGGCGAUCUGGGCAGAUGGAUGAAUAAAGCUGGUCUUUCCGAUCGUACGCGACCCUCGAAGAAAAGGGGUGUCGACGCAAUGUGACAUGUUGUUUUCCUUGGACGAUGGCGAACUGAAUGAGAUUUGGCUCAAGGUUGGGCACAUGAGGAAGUUCAAGGACGCGAAGGAAGGUCCCGAAGCACAAGGCCGAAGCAGAGGAGGUCGGGCGCAAGGCCUAGGCUGAGCGCAGGGCGGGGGCCGAGCGGAAGGCCAAGGAGUGAGCGGUCGUGCCAGCAACAAUAGCCCCCGCGGCCGACGGGGCCGUCGUUCAGAAGCCAGCCAGAGCUUCCCACGCCGCCUGCAGCAGUCGGUGUUCGCUCAGACCAAGGCGGGCAACGCCAAUGUGGGCGACGGCGACGCCCCCCGCCAGCCGUCGUCCGGGCGGGACGGCGAGAACCCGCUGGUCAGUAUGGUUUUCGAUUUUCGAUUUUGCAGUCUUGAGCUUCGAGGGAAUCAAGACCCUGUCAGCAGUGCUCCCGCCGUUGCGCCACCGGCACGUGUUGAAUUUGGACAGCGCCAGCGCGGAGGCUGUCGCAAAGGCCCAGCCGCAGAUGACCAGCCUGCACGUGCUGGGCCUCGUCCCGCUGGGCAGCGUCGGCGCGGAGGCCCUGGCCAAGGCGCUGCCGCAUAUGCCCAGCAUGGAGACCCUUAACCUAUACCACAACAGUCUGGGCGACGCCGGCGCGACAGCCCUGGCCGAGGUGCUGCCGCAGCUUCGCAGUUUGAAGGCGCUUGACCUUCAGGACAACGCCCUGGGCGACACUGGCGCGGAGUCUCUUGCGAAGGCUUUGCAGCGUAUGACCAGCCUUCAGGAGCUUCGCCUCCAACAAUUUGUGCGGCGUUAGCGCGACAGCCCUGGCCUAGGCGCUGCCGCAGGUGCGCAGUUUUGAAGAAGCUGUUUCUCAGCUGCAACAACCUGCGCAACGCUGGCGCGGAGGCGCUCGCGAAGGCGCUGCCGCAGAUGACCAGCAUUCGGGAGCUUGACCUCUACAACAUCAGCAUUAUUAGCAGCGCCGGUGCGACGGCCCUGGCCCAGGGGGCCCCUCGUACGAGGCGCUACGUAGUGUCUUCAAACAUACACCGAGAAUGAACUAUUCAACCUGCUGGACAGGUGGGGGCCCCAUGUUUCUGUCCGGCCAGUAUCAGGGCACGGUGGCAGUGAAAGUGUAUAUCGCCGCCAGGCGGGGGUACAUGCAUUGGCACCAUAGCCGCGCGGGCACGGCAGGGGCUCACGAAUGACGAGAAUUGAAGAAUGAUAUUUUGAUGCUGAUUGGAGGCGUGGCGUGUAAAGGAGGCAAAGACUGCCUCACGCGCGCGCGCCGCGACUGGUUAUCCAAUUCGGGGUCACCGUUUGCGCCCCCACGGGGCCCCGUUGGAUGGCGCCCCCGGCGCCGGCCGAGGGUGGGACGCGGCCCGGCGCGGCGCGGUGACGCGACGCCCUUUGGCGCGGCUCGGCGCAGUCGUCACCAGUAGCCCUACACUAACAAGUUUUCCACCGUCACCACGCUCGACUUCGCCGCGGUUCGGAUUGUUUUCUCGUCGACGUCGUCCAGCUUAUUGUCCACCAUGUCCAUCGUCCACAAGCUGGGCGGCUGCGGCAGCCUCCCAACUUGAAUUGAA